CACACACACACACACACACACACACAGCUUCGCUCAUCCGGCCCCCUUUGCCAAUGCACCACCUCUCCUCGUCCAUGGAGGUCUAGGCGGGGAGCUCCGUGCGGGAGCAGCGAUGGACGGCACCAUCAAGCGACUGUCCAGUUUGGCCGAUGUACAUAGCAGAGAGGCAUUGCUGGCACGUGAUGGCGUAUAUAACAUCGGUGGAUGUGCAGUCAAUUUCCCCAGGAGCAUAAAACCUGUACAAGGAAGAUGAUUGCCAUAUUACACUCCUCCACCCUGCUCCCUACACUGACGUAUCACCCUGUGUGGUGUUUGAGGAGGGAGGAACUGAAGAGAGAUUCAGUAUUUGCUGGGCAGAAGAUGGCCCACUCUUCAGUUGAUCUGCCUGAGACUGUGAAGUUGGAGAUGAGGAAGAUCUCUGUCUCAAGGAAAAAGAAGCACAAACAGUUCCAUCAGCACAAUCCCAUUUUACCACCUCUCGUAAGAUCUGUAUCAAUCUGCUGCAUUGUAAGCUCUUUUGGGCAGACAUUGUAUGCUGCUCUUUAAAGCUCUGAUGACAUGAUAUAAAUUGGAAAGUAAAGAAUCAUUCUUUCUUGAUGUAAAUGCUAAGAUGAGAAGCAAUAGUUGGGGGAAGAUGUCGGUCGGCCAGUGUCCUGAGGAAUUUGGUGCCUCCUUAGAAUGCCUGGAGCAACAUAAUCAUCUUGUAUUUACGUUUUCAGCCACCACAGGGUCUGGAGGCUCCAGUUCCAGCAGCACGAGCACAACCGCUUCAGGCUCCAAGAGGCCUGUUACCCACAGAGAGCCCGGGAGCUCAGCCAGAUCAGGUGAGUGCCCUGGGGCCGGAUCGGAGCCGGAGCCCCCCAGAGGGGAAAGGUCCCUGCCCUAUUCCUCCUCCCCCACCCCCGAGCUGGGCAUUUGGGGUAAUUCUCUCUCUGCCCCCGCAGGAGCCGGCCAAAGCCAAGAGGAAAUCUUCACUUACGUUUCAACUAUCCCUGCUCAUCUGUGUCAAUUCCAUGCAGAUCAUUGGCUCGGUCCUCUUCCCAUCUCUUAUUUGGCAUUAAGCUCUCCAUGGAAAAGGCAUCACCUCUGGAACAAUAGACUUGGGUCAUUCACAGCCUGGAAGGACGUAGGAUAUAGUAGCCAAGUAUCCUGCUAUAUCGAAGGUGAAGUUGUCAUGUGAUGGCUGC